UGACAGAUAAACCCGGAGGACAAAGCCUCUGUGGACACUGGUGGACAAAGCCUCUGUGGACACUGGAGGACAGAUCCUCUGUGGACACUGGAGACGUAACGUGCGUAAAAAUGGCGUCUUCGUGUGAGUUCGAGUCUUUGGAGAAAACUUUGGAGUCGCACAUUCCGGAGGCAGAGCUGACCGAGGUCAAGCGCAUUCUGUUCGGCAAAGAAACACAGAAAUUGGAGCUGCCCUCAUGUGCGGUGGAGAGUGCGCUGGAGCGGGACUUUGAGUUGAAGGGGUUCCGUUUCACCGCGUCUCCAGAGCAGCUCAGAGCGCCCAGAGUGAUCCGAGUGGGACUGGUCCAGCACCACACUGUGCUGCCCACAGACGCCCCUGUACAGGAGCAGAUUAAUGCAGUGCAUCAUCGAAUUGGAGAGAUGGUGGAGGUGGCUGCAAUGUGUGGGGUCAACAUAAUCUGCUUCCAGGAAACAUGGACCAUGCCUUUUGCUUUUUGCACACGAGAGAAAGAACCAUGGACCGAGUUCGCAGAGUCAGCGGAAGAGGGGCACACCACUCGCCUCUGCCAAGAGAUGGCACGUAAAUACAACAUGGUGGUGGUGUCUCCCAUCUUAGAGCGAGAGGAGCUCAGUGAGACUCUGUGGAACACGGCUGUGGUCAUUUCUAACUCUGGGAAUGUGAUCGGAAAAACACGGAAGAACCACAUUCCCCGGAUCGGAGACUUCAAUGAGUCAACUUACUACAUGGAAGGGAACACAGGACACACAGUUUUCCAGACACAGUUUGGAAGGAUUGCGGUGAAUAUUUGUUAUGGGCGACAUCAUCCUCUGAACUGGUUCAUGUUCAGUCUAAACGGAGCAGAGAUCAUUUUCAACCCCUCCGCCACAGUGGGAGCUCUCAGUGAGCCCAUGUGGUCAAUAGAGGCCCGAAAUGCAGCUAUAGCCAAUCACUGCUUCACAUGUGCCAUCAAUAGAGUUGGAACGGAGCAUUUCAAAAGUGAAUUUACAUCUGGUGAUGGCAAAAAGGCCCAUCAUGACUUUGGACACUUCUAUGGAUCUAGUUACGUGGCGGCCCCAGAUGGCAGUCGAACCCCUGGUCUGUCCAGGACUCGUGAUGGGCUCCUGGUUGUGGAGAUGGACCUCAACCUCAACAGACAGAUCAGUGACAAAUGGAGCUUCAAGAUGACUGGGAGAUAUGCUGAAUAUGCAGAGGAACUAACCAAAGCUGUGGCUCCAGACUUUAAGCCAAACAUAGUCAAAGAAUAAACAAUCUUAUUUCAACUUUACAAGUAAAAACUCAAGAUUGUUACAUGUGAUAAAAUCCUUUAUUUACAACAUACAGUAAUAAUAAAAGCAGCUCUAGUACA